AUGGCUAUAUUGGCGCUGAAAUCCGGUAGAACGUUUCAAGACUUGCUAAUUGGCCCCGCGAAAGCAGCCGCAUCCCUGCUGGAUGCGAGGAAUACAAUAGACACGCCGGGUUCUGAACUCGUCGUGGCACUUCCGCUAGCUACAACGGCGAUUCGGUGUAACCACGCUGCGCCAGGAAUGCUGCGACACGUCGACACGGUGUACUUAUUAGAAGUGACUAGUAAGGCCGUUGUGGUACAUCUCUCCACCACGGCGAGGCGGCGCGAUCCAUCUGGACCCAUCCGAUGA